AUGGAGGCAUGGUGCAGGCUUUUAGGUAGUGUUGUCAGGAGUGGACCAAGUGAGACCCAAACAAACCGAAUAUUUGCCUUCAGCCCUUCCAAAUACCAACACAGCAAACCCAACUCUCCACGCCUAACCCUCCCAAUGGCCAGAGUUUCGCUGGGCAUUAUGGCCGUAACUUCUCAAACUUCAAUCAGUAAAACUAGUUCAUUAGCACCAUCAGGUGUGUGA